GAAGCAAGAUUUGGAAGAGAAAUGAAAGGUUGCUAAGGAAAGGACGAAACUCGUUUUAAUCCUGUGCGAUACAUUUAUAGUGCUCCCUCCGAUUUCCGCGCCCUUUAACAACCCCUAUAAAUCACCCUCUUAAACCCACUCCCCAAACCAAUUCCCCUAAACUCAUUUCCCAUUCCUUCCAACAGUUUUUAAUAAUCAUGAUUUCCCGCUCCGCUUCUCCCCUCCUCCUCCUCCUCCUCCUCCUCCUCCCUCUCAUCGCCGCCGCUCGCAAGGGCUCCAUGCUCGGCGGCUGGUCGAAGAUCCCAGACCUGAAGGAUCCCCACGUUGAAGAGAUCGGAAAGUUCGCGGUCGCCGAGUACAACAAGCAAUCCAAAGGCGUAGCAAUCGAGUUCAAAAGCGUCGUGAGCGGCGAAACUCAGGUGGUUGCUGGAACCAAUUACCGCCUCCUCAUCGAUGCCAAGAGAGGCGAAUCGAUGAGCAAAUAUGAGGCGAUAGUUUGGGAGAAGCCAUGGGAGAAUUUCAAGAAACUUACAUCCUUCAAGCCUGUUGCCUAAUCAAUCAGUAAAAGCCCUAAAUUCACGUCUGUUUUGCUCUUAGUGUUUGGUAAUUAGGAAAAAUAAAUUAAUAUUCCCUGGUAAUUUCUGGACAAAUCGUUUCUCUUGUCGUUUCUGGAUUGAUAUCUCUUUGGUUAUCAGAUCUUUGUACUUUUAUAUUAAAAAUAUUUGUUAUAAAUGUCUUUGAAUUUCUAAGUAUUGGGAUGUCUCGUCUGUAUAAAAAGGGAAUGCAUGAACAAAUAUAAAAUUAUAAAUUAUAGAUGCUUUUAUGUAUGGAAAUGCUUUUGAAUAAUGCAUUAAUAAAAUAAAAUACUAAUUUCGCUUGCAAA